AGCAUAGCACGUGCCUCCGAGCGCCCCCACCCCAAGGACCUCAGUUCUAACAACCCGGCGGGUCUGUGGGUCGAGAGCAAUGGGGAGGGAAGAAAGGUAGGAGCCCUGGCCUCCCUCGCUGGCCUUCCUCCCAGCCCCACACUGCCGAGCCCCAUGGGCCCCACCGCUGGUGUGCUGCUCUGGACCCUGCUGCUAAGUCUGGGGCCCUGGGCGGCGGGGGCCCAAGGCCUGACUACGACCGGGAUGCAACUCAGCUUCCGCUUCGGGGGCUACAUGACCCGCAGCUACCCGACUGCCGCCGGGAUACCCCAGUCCGGGAUUCCCCCAAAGAGGAGGGUAACAGUGCUGCAGGGGGAUAAGGUUGAUGUGGCAGCCGCCGACCGCCUGGCAAACCCAGCUACUGCUGAGCUCUUGGCCGCCACGGUGGCCACAGGCCUCAGCCAGUCACACGUGGUGGACGAGGAGGACGGGUCUUUGGAAGAGGGGGUUGUGAUUAAUGCCAGAAAGGGUAACAACAACGAUGAGACUUCCAAUGUUUCCAAUACAGUGGGGGAGCCCAGCUCAAGGUUUCCAGCGAAUACCCAGGAACCGGAAAUCAGGAUCACUUCAAGCCAGCCCCCCACCACCUGGAAGUCUAUGGAGGAUCUGCCCAUCACUGGGACCCUGGACCAGUAAUCAACAGCAGGGGCCACCCCGAGGCAGUGACCAUCACCCUCACCCACGGCCAUGCCACCUCCCAAGGAUCUGUGUGUGGUGCUGAUGCCCUGGGGCCGAUGGCCCUGCCACUGCAAGUCAGGCACCAUGAGCCAGACCAGGGCCGGGAAGCUACAUGGCCUUUGCGGGCACCUCCGAGUUGGGGCACUGAGCCAGCUCCACACAGAGCACCGGCCUUGCACCGACCAUCAGUGUCCCUGCGACCAGCUCUGGAAGGAGUGCCCCCUGGAUGCAGGCCUCUGUCCUGACACCAGCGGCACCACUCAGACCACUGCCAGUGCCCCCACCAGCACCAGCACUGCCUUCCUCUCACUCAGCAGUAUACUGAGACCCAGCCCCUUCCACUUCCCGAGCCCCAGCCCAGCCCUUGCUUUCUGGAGACCUGUCAGGAUUGGACUGGAGGAUAUUUGGAACAGCUUCUCUUCAGUGUUCAGAGAUGCAGCCAGUAAGUGUUUGAUGUUAUUGGUCAUUAGGUGAUUAGUGACCAAAUUGUUAAGAUUGUCAUUAUAUAAAGAAUUAUUGGUGCACAGAUAAUUGGAUAUGGAAGAUCUCAAAUGCAGCUUAACAGUAACAACAGGCAAUAUUUGAGGUCUUACUAUAUGCACUUUACGUGGAUCAAUCCUCACAUUACAGAUGCAGAAACAGGUUUACAAAGCUAGUAAGUGGCAGAGUCACAGCAUGAUUUUAAACUAGGUUUCUUUGACUAAUGCCCAAGCUCGUAGCCACCACUAUUACAACUAUCCUUGGAUUUUUUCCUAGCAACCUAAGGACAGUCCUCUCUACCUUACCAAAAGAGCUACCAAAGCUUCUGAUUGACCUGAUAAAAUAUUUUCAACUGAUAGGAUGAUAGGACCUUUGGGGAGAGGGGACAAAUAAAAUGUAUACUUGGC